AUGGAGAAUUUUGAAGCUGUUGUGCUGUUUUUUCUAGCAUGCAUUGGUGUGUUUGGUACGAACUCGGCUAUGGGUGCUGCAGCAGCAGCUUCACCUCCUGCUAUCUUUAUCUUGGGGGACUCCACAGUUGACGUUGGAACAAACAACUUCUUGCCUGGAAGCAAUGCCAGGGCAGAUUUUCCUCGCAAUGGGGUUGACUUCCUUUACUCCAGGCCAACUGGAAGGUUCAGCAAUGGAUUCAACACUGCUGAUCAGCUCGCUGUACUGAUGGGACACAACAGAAGCCCAGACCCUUUCUUUCUUCUCAGGAAGAAACCAAGAGGCUUCACCAAGUCUAAGUUCAGAGGUGUCAACUUCGCUUCAGGAGGUUCAGGAGUUUUUGACCUCACAGUACAAACCAAGGUCAGCUUUUUCAAGUCUUCUGAUGAGCUGAACAAUUCGUCCAGCAGCUCUCCGAUUAGCAAAAAGAACGGUGUCUCGUUGUCUGAGCAAAUACAUCAACUUUCAUACGUCUAUCGUAAAAUUCUCGCUGUAAGGAAGCAACAUGGAACCAGAGAUCUUCUCUCCAAAUCCUUGUUCUUUAUCAGCAUUGGAGCCAAUGACCUCUUUGUGCAUUACCAUUCAAAGAGCAAGCAACCAAAGGAGAAGUUCAUAGCUUCUCUGGUCCAAGCGUAUGAGAAGCACUUAAGGAACCUACUGAAACUUGGAGCAAGGAAGUUUGGGAUUGCUACUGUUGCACCCAUCGGCUGCUGUCCGUCUCAAAGGCUCUUCAAUCAGACCCUCGGUUGUUUGGAGGAGUUGAACGAUCUUGCACUGGCUUUCCAUCCCAGAGUUGCUCAGCUCAUGUAUAAGCUCAGCUCAGAAUAUCAUGACAUGAAGUUUUCAAUUGGGAAUACAUUUCUAAUCACCAUCAAUGUCAUCAACCACCCUAAUCGAUUCGGAUUUAAAGAUGGGCGAGGAGCAUGUUGUGGACAAGGAGCACUGAAUGCACAAACACCAUGCACUCCAACUGCUAAUCUUUGCCCUAUACGCGAUGAUUACUUGUUCUGGGACUUAUUGCAUCCUACACAGAAAGCUGCACAGCUGGCUGCUGUAACUCUCUAUUCCGGCCCACCGUUCUUUGUCGCACCAAUCAACUUCAAGCAGUUGGCUGAGGCUUGA